AAAGGAUUUUCAAUGAGCAGUGCAAGAAGCCAGCAACUGGGAAGGUUUGGAGCAGCAGGGAUAUAACGUGGUGCUGUCACAGGGAUAAUCAGGCUGGAGCCAAGUCCCGGUAGCUCUGUACAUUACCCUGGUCACAUCCUGGAAGUUUUGUUCACUCAACUUGGUUGAUUGUGAAGCUGGUAAGAGCCCUGCCAGGAUGUGGAAUGGACUUCCUAGCAGAGGCAGCACAUGCCAUACUUCUGCCCUUCCUGCUCUCGUGCGCACACCUACCCUGAUGAUGCAGCCUUCGCUGGAUAUCAAACCAUUCAUGUCUUUCCCAGUGGACAGUAGUUCUGCUGUUGGGCUCUUCCCAAAUUUUAACACAAUGGAUCCUGUGCAAAAAGCAGUUAUUAACCACACAUUUGGAGUGUCUAUUCCCCCAAAGAAGAAACAAGUUAUUUCUUGUAAUGUCUGUCAGCUCCGCUUUAACUCUGAUAGCCAGGCCGAGGCCCACUACAAAGGAAGUAAACAUGCCAAGAAGGUCAAAGCACUAGAGGCAACGAAAAAUAAACCCAAAAUGGUUUCUUCCAAGGACAGCGCAAAGGCUAAUCCCAGCUGCUCCGUCACUCCAAUCACAGGCAACAGCUCUGACAAAUCAGAAGACAAAGGCAAGUUAAAAGCCAAUGGUUCCAGUCAGUCAUCAGGUAUUGAUGGUGGCUCAUUUCUCCUCCAAUCUGGCACAACACCCCUGCAACCUGGAGCCGUCACUUCGCCCUCCAAGAGCACAAAUGGAGCUCCGGGGUCUGUUGCUGAAUCAGAAGAAGAAAAAGCCAAAAAGUUACUUUAUUGUUCCCUAUGCAAAGUGGCUGUGAACUCUCUGUCACAGCUAGAGGCACACAACACAGGAUCUAAACACAAGACCAUGGUUGAGGCUCGUAAUGGAGCUGGUCCAAUUAAGUCCUAUCCUAGACCUGGAUCAAGAUUAAAGAUGCAGAAUGGCAGUAAGGGGUCAGGACUACAGAAUAAGACAUUUCAUUGUGAAAUCUGUGAUGUUCAUGUUAAUUCAGAAAUUCAACUCAAACAGCACAUUUCUAGCAGAAGGCAUAAAGACCGUGUUGCAGGGAAACCACUGAAGCCGAAAUACAGCCCUUACAACAAACUCCAGCGGAGCCCUAGCAUUUUAGCAGCAAAACUUGCAUUCCAGAAAGAUAUGAUGAAGCCCUUGGCCCCAGCCUUCCUGUCUUCACCCUUGGCAGCUGCUGCAGCAGUGUCCUCUGCCCUGUCACUGCCACCCCGGCCAUCUGCCUCACUCUUCCAAGCUCCUGCCAUCCCUCCAGCUCUCCUGAGGCCAGGACACGGGCCCAUCCGCGCCACCCCUGCCUCCAUUCUCUUCGCCCCAUACUAACAUCUGCAAGCCCCAUGACAGUCGAGGCCAGUGGGAAAAUAAAGGAGAGCUAAAAGGAUUUGGUAGUGGAAACAUUUUGUGUUGCACUUAGUACCAAGUCUCCAGCCACAAAAUGCAGCCUACCACAGGGCCCCAACUCCAGAGAAAAACAAAUCACUCGAUUCAAGAGAGCUUUUUAAUGGCCAGCUCCUGUAGUUAGGAAUGUGAUCAGCAUAGGCUUCCUCUCUCUCUUCCCUCCUCCUCCCCUUGUUCAGUUGGUAUAUCUGAGAUAAGUGGGUUCCUUGAAAAUGUAUUGGUCAGAAAAAGAGAGCAAAAGAAAAUCAGUCAUCCUUCUCCCAUGAGUGUGAUCUGGCUGAGAAACAAUCUAGAAUAUUUUCCUGACAGACUUGAAAACUAGGAUUUUCCUCAGAUGUCUGUAUAUAACUCUGGAAUCCAACGGGGCAUAUUCUAGUGUGGAACAAAAACACAAGUGCUUACUUGUGGAUAUCACUUUACCAACCAAUCACAAUCUUUUCGUUUUGGUGUACUAUUGUUGACAGGGAUUGUGUACUGUUUUAGACCCAAGUACUGUUGUAUGCUGUGUAGUACUAGAUCGUAUCUCUUGUCUGAAUUCAACAUUUUUAGUUGCCGUGUAAUUGUUAGGAAGCAACGUAGCUUUCAAUUUUCUCUUUAAGAGAGCAAAAGAUAAUAUUUUCUUUAUUUCACCUUUUAUUUGGAGAUAUUUAAAACUAAAUAGAAAGCCAUAUAACAUAGCUAUAAUUACUACCUGUUUGCUAUUUUUGUUUAACUUAUUUUGUAGCUUUCUCACCAGUUUGAGUUGCUAAGCAAAUGUAUACAAACACAAAAAAAGAGCUUCCUGAAUUGCACAUUGUUGCACCUCCUGUGCAUUCUGCAAGAAGACAAUAAAUUCGUGUACUUCUACGUAAUGAUCUUCAUUUUUAAUCUGUUUUCAUUUGUAAUGAUGCUACAUAAUUUUGUGGCUCCCUAAUGCAAUAAUGUACAGAAGAUAUAAAAGUUUAUAAUUGAACACUUUGUCUUUCUGUUCACUGCAUACGUUGCAGGUCAUGCUCCCACGACCCCCUUUCUAAGCUGAUGUCAACAAGACUGGAAUGUUUGAUGUUAGGGGCAAGUGGUAAAAAUAAAACAACAAAAUAGAGUGGACUCUUUUAGAAUAUCUAUAUCUGCAAUCUGUAAAUGGUAAAA